AUGACGACGGAGCUACAGCAAGUGCUGGAGGCGUAUCGCGCCAUGGAGCCGGUGAAGGACGUCAUUCACAUGAUCAAGACGCAAUUCGCGACGGAUCAACACUGGGCGUCGCUCGAAUUCCAGGCUCAGGUGCUGCAGGUGGUGGUGAAGGACCCUGUUUGUGACGACUUUGCACCAUUGAGGAGAUACACGUACAGGUUCCUCAAGAGUUUUGUGGAUGAGAUUGAAGCGGUGUAUGCGGGUGUGGAUGACGGACUUGUGGAGGCUCUGAUGGAGUUCGUGCUGAACGCUAAGCUCGCUGACGACGCGCUCAAUUCGGAAGCCAUGCACCACGUUUCCUACACAGUCCCUACGGCCGAUUCCUCCGUCGUCGUGACUUGUCGAGUGGCUUCGGUGUUCAAUGAGGUGGGACUCAAACUUUGGGAAGCUGGUUGGCUACUCGCCGAGUACGUCAUCGCUCACAAAAGCGAAUUCCACGGUAGGAACGUGCUGGAGCUGGGGGCUGGGGUGGGCUUCACCGGUAUAGCUCUAGCCUGUGUGUGUCGCUCCAGUCGCGUGGUGCUCACAGACUACGCGCCGAACGUGAUGCAGAAUCUGCGCUACAACGUCGAAGUCAACUCGACCAAGUUCAUUUGUCCAGUUGAGGUGCAGACGCUGGACUGGGACACAUGGCAGCCAACUGAGUACGAAGACGAUCGGCCCGAUGUCUUGCUCGCAGGAGACUGCGCCUACGACGUAGAAGCCUUUCCGCCGUUAAUGCACGUGCUCCAGUCCUUCCUUGGCAACGACCAAGGCAGCACGAACCACAAUCCGCAGCGAGUGGCGAUCUUCGCUGCCACUAUUCGUAGCCAGAAGACGUUCCAAAAAUUCCUUGACCAACUGGCAGCGCAUCGUAUUGACUACCUCGAUAUCACGACGUCAUCGCUAGAGAAAAUGGGGAACCAGCUUUUCCCAUAUCCGAAUCGGGACCAAAUUCGGAUCUGCCGCUUGUCGAGAACGAUUAAGGAGUGUAAGAAGCAAUAG